CAGAUACUAUAAUUGAGUUAAUCAGAAAGGUAGCUGCAAAUCCUCCACUUCCAGCAAACUUGCUUACGAGCCUCCGUGCAUUGACUAAUCUAUUCAAAAACACAUCCUACAAUGAUUGGUUACUAGCACAUCGUGCUGAGAUUCUUGAUGCCUUCUCGAGUUGUUGGUCAUCUUCAAAUAAGAAUGUCCAGUUAUCAUAUGCUACACUACUAAUCAACUAUGCAGUUCUUUUGAUUGAGAAGAAGGAUAAAGAAGGCCAAUCUCAAGUCCUUUCGGCAGCAUUGGCGAUGGCAGGAGAAGGAACUGUCGAUUCUGAUUCGAAAUUUCGAGCUUUGGUGGCUAUUGGCUCGCUG